UGCUAACUUAAUCCCGAUUUUGCACAUUCUCUCAGCCCCAGUAUGUGUGUGGCCUACGAAUGACGUCAUUUCGAAUCCAGUCUUAAAAUGCCAAUUACAGCCAAACUUGCAUAGUUGAGCGUUUCAUUCAUUUAAAUGGCACCAUUGCAAUCUGGAUUUGCAGUCAUAACUCCUGCUUCGAGAGGAAUUGGCUUUGCCCUCGCACAUCAGCUGCUGGCAAAUACAAGUAUUCCUCUUAUCGCGACUGCACGUAAGAAUUGUGACCAAGUCCGACAUGAUCUCCUCGACAAAGUCAAAGACAACGCUCCAAAUGCAAAGGAGAGGCUGCAGGUUUUGGAUGUCGAUGUAACUGACGAAUCCACCGUAUCCGCCAUGGCUUCGACAAUUCGACAGUUCUACCCACGAGCUUUCCUCCGUCUGGCCAUUACUGUUCCUGGAGUCCUACAUGUUGAAAAGUCGCCAAUGCAGAUCGAUGCAGAGACGGCUCUACAUAGCUUCAAAGUCAACGCUUUGGGUCCAAUGCUGGUAAUGAAACAUCUGUCUCCAUUUUUGCCGAACAGAUCGUCCCCGCCAUUUCAGGAUGACCAGGAGACCUGCAGGUCUGCCGAGUGCCAAUGGAAUCUGCCAACCUCACAUGCAAUCUAUGCGAUGAUGGCAGCUCGAGUUGGAUCCAUAUCAGACAAUGCAUCCGGAGGGUGGUAUUCUUAUCGCGCCAGUAAGGCGUCGGUUUUUCAACUCGCAAAGACAUUCGAUCUAUACCUGCAAAUACGGAGCCAGGAACGUGCCAUGGCCAUUGCUCUGCACCCUGGAACCGUCCAAACCGAUUUUACCAUGGAUUACCGGAAUGGGCGAAAAAUGCUGCAGCCAGAGGACGCUGCGACUAAACUGUUACAGGUCCUGUGUACUAUGAAAACUGGGGUUGAUGAAGGACGUGGUCGAUGUUGGGACUGGAGGGGAAAUGAGGUUUUGCCGUAA